CCCCCAUCCUAAUCAACAACAUCCGAACACCAUCUCACCUACCUACCAGCCUUUGCUGUCUCUUUUUCCCGUUUCUCCUAAUCACCCAUAUACCUGCUCGACUCCCCCCAUCUGCCAGCCGUCAGAAUGGGGUCUGAUCCGCAGUACAUCAAGUACCCCGACCUCGCCCUCGCCCAACAUGUCUUCAACCUCUCCAACCCAUCUUGCUCCCAGACGGUGCGACAAACUUCGUUGAAAAGGCUCCAAGAUGCUAUCUCGGAGCAUAAGAUGGCCCCAUUCUACAGACACCUCGCACACCCUGUCGAAGGUAUCCUGAACAACUCCGGAGAAGGUGUUACCCAGCACCCGCACCCAUCGGGCCCCAGCAACUCGACAAAGUCUCUCAUCGCUUCUAAUAUGCUGGCCUCUCGCAAAUCACCACAGAAGAUCGAUUUCCCCUGGGACGAGGCUCUAUAUCAGUCUUUGGUUGAGGACAACAAGAAGGACCUGGAGACCUUCCAGAAGGAGGAGGAUGAGGCGCAAGAGGCAGCUGGAGAAACCGAGGUCUUGGCCGCACGGGGGAAGCGUGCUGAAUUUUGGGCACGAGUAGGAGACAAGGACAAAGCUAUCGAAUCCCACGAAGAGCUUCUCGAGAAGACGACAUUCCUUGGAACGAAGAUCGACCUGUCGCUGGCUAUGAUUCGCAUCGGACUGUUCUUUGGUGACGCUAUCUAUGUCAAGAAGAGCAUUGAACGCGCAGACGCUCUCAUCGAAAGCGGUGGUGAUUGGGACCGAAGGAAUCGCCUUAAGGCUUACAAGGGAUUACACUUGCUCACGAUCCGUUCCUACAACCUCGCCGCUCCUCUUCUCCUUGAUAGCUUGUCCACAUUCACGAGUUAUGAACUUUGCAGCUACUCUGCUUUGGUUAUUUACUCGGUUCUUGCUGGUUCGCUGUCAUUGAAGCGGGUGGAUUUUAAGGCCAAGGUUGUCGAUGCACCGGAGAUCAAAGCUAUCCUGGGCUCUACCGAAGACAGACUGGCCGCAUUGACUGGCGAAGUGUCUUCUGGUCCUAGCGCCCGGGAUGAGGAGAUGAAGGAUGCCUCCACGACAAGAACAACCCCCGCACCUGCCACUACAGCAGUCAACCUGUCUAACUUCACCACCGGCUCUGGUGUUCAGGCCGAGACCGAGGCGGCCGUUGACUUUUCUCCCCUUGCCAACCUUGUCGACAGUCUCUACAAUGGUAACUACCGGUCGUUCUUCGUGGGAUUGGCAGCGGUCGAGGACCAAUUCUUGACCCAGGAUCGGUACCUGUACGAGCACCGUGCUUGGUUUGUCCGAGAGAUGAGGUUGCGUGCCUACCAGCAGUUGCUCCAGAGCUACCGAGUGGUGGGAUUGAACAGCAUGGCAAAUGACUUUGGCGUUACUGUCGACUUCUUGGAUCGGGACCUUGCCAAGUUCAUCGCCAGCAACCGCAUCUCAUGCACCAUUGAUCGAGUCAACGGUAUCAUCGAGACGAACCGGCCAGACGACAAGAACAAGCAGUAUGCGGAUGUUGUGAAACAUGGAGAUGCACUUAUCACGAAACUCCAGAAGUACGGCCAGGCUGUGCGACUCCGCGGUAGUGAACGGGGUUAGAGAGAUGAGGUUUUAAUUUUCUUUUGAUGCCAUGUAUCUCCAUGAUUCUGCAUGAGGAGCUGAACGAUUGAGGAAUUUUUUGGUCUUUUACUUUUUUACUCCCAUUAGAGCAAAAGCAUGCGAGGCUGCUGUAUCAUACAACUAAUGACAAAAGACAACGUAACCUCGAACCUUCCAUGCUGAAAAAAUCUGGUCCUACUGGACUUGUGGGGAUAGUCUGGGGAUAUUGUAUGUAAUCAUUAGCCAAAAGAAACUCUUCGGUGCUCGGAAACAUGGGGAAGGCUCUUUUGAGGCAUUUAUGGGCGUGCCGAUGCUUUAAAACGUCGGGUCUGGACGGAGUAAACACGUGGGAAAGUCCAUGGCAUUAGGUAACUGAGCGUUUCUUUUUUUGGUUAUCUGUUGAAUUGUUGAAUUAGCAGGCAGUAAAAAAGCAAUUAUAAUCAGCUGUGAAUAUUAAUUUAC